AUCAGGAGUGUAAAAGUGAAAGUAAUCAUUGAGUUACUUUAACAGCGUCUUGUCAUUUUAAACUUCAUUUUGAGCCGCCGGGGCGGGAAAAGAACACACCAAGACUAAAGCAGGGUGAGAGUUAAUUCAAUAUUUAUGUCACUGAAGUGUAAAAGUCUGACUUUUCUUCCGGUGAAUGACGGGAGAAACAAAUGUUAGACUGAACUCUGGUUCAUGUGUGCUCACUAUAGCCAUAGUAAGUUGAAUAGUAAACCCUAAAUUGUCUCUAAGCCUCCAAAAAUAUUUGAAUGAAAAACAAGGACAGAAAAGCAGGGCUGGUUUUGCUGAAAAGUGUGUGAGGGUGUGUGUUACUCUCCGUUUUCUCGUUCUCAGCUGCUCUCUGAAUCUGACAAAGCUGCUUUUGUGUGAGGAGAUGGGUGAUCCUGGACCCAGCUGUCUGUCUGUGAAGAGUGAUUGGUCAAAAGAACUUCCCCCGUUCUUUAACGAUGGACCUGGACCCACAGACACAGAGUAAGAAAAAACAAACUUGCACUUCUCAGUAAAGUUUAUUUUUGUGUGUGAGUUUUUAAGAGUGUCAUCAGAGAGACCAAUCUAAAGAUUCACUUCUAAACUUGAACUUGAUACAAACUACUUUGUGUGAUUUCUUAUAGUAACAUCUGACAGUUCAUGUUGACUCCAUGUCUCUUUAGCAAACUUUUCCUCACAUAUUUUUAUGAUAAGUUGAAGCAUUUCACCUAGUUUAGUUUUUUUAUGACAAAAAAUCUCGGAAGGUUAAAAAGACACUUCACUGACGGCAGCUGUAGUUAAAGCAUUAAAGUUCAUCUUUAGUUUAGUUAUCAAAGUGUCCAUCAAUAACUAUGUGAGAGGGGUGAAACAUGUUGUGUUCAAUUCAACAGAGAAAGAGCCAAGUCUGCAGUAUCCACCAGUCUCUCUCAUUCCGAAGACCCCUCACUUAUGUCCAGUAAAGGAUCCAGACCCGGUCUGCAGACAGCCUGCAGUCAGACCAGCACUUUGCAGAGUAAGACAAUUUGUUGCUAAAGUCAUGUCUGAAAACACCUCUUGUUGUUUUAAUACAGAGGCAUACACUACAGGUCAAAAGUUUGGAAGCAAGAUCAGAUUUUCAUAUAUAAAAAGAUCUUAGUUUCAUAUAUAUAAUUUGCAACACAAUAAACAUGACUAUUGUGUAAAGAGUAACUUAUCAGAAGACAUUUUGACUAUAAUUAUUAGGUAUUUGAGUUAUUGUUGCUUAGACUUUGCUUUCUUUAAAGUAACCUCCUCUGGCUUCAACAACAGCUUGACAUAUACGAGGCAUUCGUUCCACACGUUUUUUAAGGUAUGUUCCAGUGAUUGCAUUCCAAGCUUUCUUAAGUUCAUUAUAAAGAGACUGCUGAUUCGUGGGACGUGUUUUUCUGACCGAUCGAUCGAUCCAAUUCAUUCCACACAAGCUCAAUUGAGAAAGGUCUGGAGACUGAGGGGGCCAAACCAUCUUUUGAAGAACUACUUCCUCUUCUUUUUUGUCUAGGUAACCCUGACAGAUCUUAGCAGAAUGCUUAGGAUCAUUGUCUUGCUGCAAAACAAACUUAUGAGCCACAAGUCUGAGUCCAGAUGGAACAGCAUGGUGCUGGAGGAUGGAGUGGUAUUGUUCCUUCUUCAUGAUACCCUUUACUUCAAACAAAUGUCCUACUCCAUCACCUGCAAAACAUCCCCAUACCAUGGAACUACCAACUCCAUGCUGAAUUGUGGGUGUAACACAUGGUGCUUUCAGACGUUCACCAGUUUGUUUGUGGACAAAGACUCUGUGUUUUGAACCAAACAGUGCAAACUUGUUUCUAGUCAUCAUAAGUCCAAUUUUUGUGAGCUUUUGCCCACUCAUAUCUCUUUUUCUUGUUGUGUGGACAAAGUAUGUUUUUUUGCAGAUACACAACCCUUCAGACCAGCCUUUCUCAAACGUCAUUUCACAGUUGUCAGAGAUAUGGGUUUCGACCUUGUCAUGUUGAUUUCCUCCCUCAUUUUUGGUGCUGUCUUUUGCUGAUCUCUCUUACUGGUGACAAUGCUAUGUUUAUCCUCUGCUUUUGUAGUAACUCUCUUUCAUCCAGGUCUUUUUCCAUCAUCAUAACUUUCAGGUUCCUCAAGUCUCUUCAGAGUGUGGUGGACUCCUUUGUUAAACACCUUUAGGUGUUUUGCAAUUUCUCUUUCUGUGUAUCCUUCUUUCCUCAAUGUACAAAUCUGUACUUUUGUUUCUUUACUCAGUUGCUUCUUUUUAGCCAUUUCUGCAGUAGUUUGAUGCAGUUGAGAUUUAUUAGGAUUUUUGUAUGCAGACUCUCAAAAGCCAAAAAGUUGAAGUGAAUAAUCCAACUGUGAUUUUUUUUUUUUUUUUUGCUUUUGCACUGAAGUUGUGACUCUUGCAAAUGUUUUUAACCCUAAAAUUAAGCCCUUAUCUUUUGCUGACAUAUAUUUAGCAAUGGUCUGUUAACAUCAAUGUAUAUCUAAAGGUAAAUGGAGUAAAAUGGUGCAUUUCCAUGAAAGCAACAACUGAUCAUGGAGUAAAUACAUCCCAAAAUAUAUAAAACUCAUGCUGGAUUUUCAAAAAAGCAUUGUGAACGAAAACUUGAAGUUACUCCCAACUGUUCGGCCUGUAAUGGCCUUGCUUCCAAACUUUUGGCCCGUAGUGUAUGUCAUGCCAUAGAGCAUCAUCGUUUCACAUCUUCAUAAAUACCUUUUAAAUUUUAACUGAUCUCUUCUUCUCCAGCAUAAAGAAAUAUAUUUUAAGGACAGAGAUCACCAAGUGUUUGACUUAAAUUUAUGAGGAGUAUGUGGAGCUGCUUAAUAACUUUCUGUAUGAUAAAGAUUUUUAAUCAAAAGAACAUUUUUAAGCUUUAAUCUCUGAAAGGAUAAUCACCAGUUUGCUGAGUGUUAUUUUUGUCUCUGUUCCGUCUUGUUGUUGACAGGUGGUUCGCAGGACGUUUUAGAUUAUAAGAUCAGUCUAAAGAAGAGAUGCGAAUCUGUGACUGAAGGAACAGAUAAAACAGGAGGUGAAACCCUCCUCAGCAGGAUCUACACUGAGCUCUACAUCACUGAAGGACAGAGCGAAGAAGUGAACACUGAGCAUGAGGUCAGACAGCUUGAGAAAACUUCCAGGAUGGAGACUCUCCAUGAGACUCCAAUCAAGUGCCAGGACAUCUUUAAAGCCUUACCUGACCAGCAGAAAAUUAUCAGAGUGGUUCUGACCAACGGUGUGGCUGGUGUUGGAAAAACCUUCUCCGUGCAGAAGUUCGCUCUGGACUGGGCAGAGGGCUCAAAAAACCAAGAUAUCAGUCUGGUGGUUCUGCUGUCAUUCAGGGAGCUGAACUUGAUCAAAGAUAAGCAGUACAGUCUUCUGAGUCUGCUCCAGGUUUUCCAUCCAACAUUACAGGAGGUCACAGCAGAGACGCUCGCCAUCUGUAAACUUCUUGUCAUCUUUGACGGUCUGGAUGAAAGCAGACUGUCUUUGGAUUUCAACAACACUGAGGUUGUGUCCGAGGUCACACAGAGGUCAUCGGUCAACAUCCUGUUCAUGAAUCUCAUCAAGGGGAAUCUGCUUCCCUCAGCUCUCAUAUGGAUAACUUCUCGACCCGCAGCAGCCAAUCAGAUCCCUUCUAAGUAUGUGGACAGGGUGACAGAAAUAAGAGGCUUCACUGACGCCCAGAAGGAGGAGUACUUCAAGAAGAGGUUCAGGGAUGAAGAUCUGUGCUGCAGAAUCACCUCCCACAUCAAGUCCUCCAGGAGCCUCCACAUCAUGUGUCAGAUCCCGGUCUUCUGCUGGAUCACUGCAACAGUCCUGGAGGACAUGAUGAACACAGAGCAGAGAGGGGAGCUUCCCAAGACCCUGACGGACCUGUACUCUCACUUUCUGCUGGUUCAGACCAAGAGGAAGAAGCAGAAGUAUGAAGAGGGUCAUGAGACAAGUCCUCAGGAGCUGAUGGAGGCCAAUAGGGAAGUUGUCCUGAAGUUGGGGAGGCUGGCGUUUGAACAUCUGGAGAAAGGAAACAUCAUGUUCUAUGAAGAAGACCUGGAGCGGUGUGGUCUGAGUGUCUCAGAUGCCUCAGUGUUCUCAGGAGUUUGUACAGAGAUCUUCAAAAGUGAGAGUGUGAUCUUCCAGAAAACAGUCUACUGCUUUGUUCAUCUGAGCAUUCAGGAGUUUCUGGCUGCAGUCUACUUGUUCCACUGUUACACAAACAGCGAAAGGGAAGUACUCAAAGCUUUCUUGAAGGAGUUCAGUGCCAUCUUUAAUGGGUACAGCCUCCAACUGACUAUCUUUCUGAGAAUUGUCAUGCAAAAAUCUCUUCAAAGGAAGAAUGGUCACCUGGACCUGUUGGUUCGCUUCCUCCAUGGACUCUGCCUGGACUCCAACCAAAGACUGUUGAGAGGUCUGCUCGGCCAAAUAGACAACAGUCCAGAAACCAUCCAGAGAGUGAUCAACAACCUGAAGACAAUGAACAGUGCUGGGAUCUCUCCUGACAGAAGCAUCAACAUCUUCCACUGUCUGACUGAGAUGAACGACCUCUCAGUUCAUCAGGACAUCCAAGAGUUCCUGAAGUCAGAGAACAGGUCAGAGCAGGAACUCUCUGAGAUCCACUGCUCUGCUCUGGCCUACAUGCUGCAGAUGUCAGAGGAGGUUCUGGAUGAGUUGGACCUGGAGAAAUACAAGACAACAUCACAGGGACGGCUUAGACUGAUUGCAGCUGUGAGGAACUGUAGGAAGGCUCAGUAAGUCCAGAUGUGGUUAACAUUAAAACCAGAGUAGAUCACUAGUUUAGUUCUUCAUAUCCAGAGCUUUGAAACCAUCUUGUUUAUUUAUUUAUUUUAUUUUAUUAUGUGUUUGAAACUUUGCACAGUGUGGUUACAUUGUCCAUGUCAAUAAACGCGAAAGGAAACAACAUUAGAGCAAAAGAAGGUGCUAACAAACAAGACAGGACAAGGCAAACAAGGAAGAACAAACAAAGACAAGACAAUUAUUUACAUGUGACAUGGACAGGAGCGAAACCAGAAGGACCUGAUGGGAUAAAAAGACCAGAUGAGUGGGGGUGUACGAUUUAAACCGUACAAAACAAGCAAAACAAACAAAACCGAUGUAGACCAAAAAUGAAAGCAUAAGACAACAUUAGAUGCUGCACUCCGUGAUUACUGUUGUUUUGAUAACUGGGCAAAAAAAGGAGAGAAAAUAAAAAAAGAUAAGAUAAUAAAGCAAAAGUGGCCAAAGUAAAGAAUUUGUAUCUCUAGGAUGAGUUUAAAAAAUAUGUAGGACUCUUUGAACUGUUUUCCAUAUUGAAUGAUCAUCACUCUAUUCUGUCUCAGAUCUCCUUAAGAUGAUUCAGAUUCUGAAACUGCAAAAGUGUGGAUUUCAGAGAAAUGAAGUUCAGAGAAAAGCAUAUUGUUUAGUUUUAAUUUUUUUUAUGUUUAUUACAUUUUACCUCAACCAUUUACUUUACAGGGUCUGCUGAGAUUUUGUCACAGUAGCAUUUAACCACAAAGACAUCGCAGAUUUCUAAAGUUAUUGGUAAAUGCAGAAUAAAACAUGCCAAGACAACCUGUUUCCUUUGCCAGGUAAGGAGACAGUUCAGAAGCUCUAGAUGAUGCUUUCAAGCAGUUACUGCUUUAACUUGUUUGUAAGGCCAGGGGAUGUCAAGGACACAACACACCCCAUUUUAGUUUUAUUCAAAGCCUCUAGAAACCCAAGUUUCCUAAAACUUUCUAUCCAUUAAAUUUAUGAUCAGAUUUACAUGUUGUACACUUCAGAUGGUUCAUCAGAAUCAGUGAAGAUCAAAGUGUAUAAGCAAAAGACAAGAAAUCUUCAGAUAAAGACAGAUAAGCUCUGAUGUGAAGCAGUAAGAUUAAAAAAAUAUUCUGGGUGUGUCAAACUGUCCUCAAAACAAUAAAAUAAACUCAGUUUAUUAUGCUUUGUUUGUGUCAUGACAGAUUUAAAAACUGUGGACUGUCAGAAACUCACUGUGAAGCUGCAGCCUUGGCGCUGAAGUCCAACCCCUCCUAUCUGAGAGAGCUGAACAUGGGCAGCAACGAGCUGCAGGAUUCAGGAGUGAAACUGCUGUCUGAUGGACUGGGGAGCCCAAACUGUCGACUGGAGACUUUGAAGUAAGCUUAUUGAUUUUGCCUUCAUUUUUUUCCCACACCAGAGUAAAAUAAGCUGACACAUUAGCCCGGGCAGAUUUCUCAUAACUCACAUCUGAAAGUUAAACUUGCCAACCACAGAUAUAUCUAAGUAUUGCUGGCGUUGAAAUGCCUCUCAAGGUGUUUGUUUACUGCAUCAAAUCAAGAUCAGCUAUAGACCUCUUUGUGAAAUGAGGAAAAACAUUGAAUCUGAAGGGAAGUGAACAUCAAGCUAUCAAUUUAAAGCUGCUGCUCCCUCCAGCACAGGACCCAACAGCUCAGGACAGAGUCAGCAGACAGCUUGAAGUCAGGUAAUCCUUUACUUGAGUCACCAUAUACAAGUCUGAAAGUGACAGACAGAAACACCUUGCAGACACUGAGAUGGAGACGGUGUUCACAACCAUCAUUCAGUCAGUGCUUCAAAAAUUUGACUGUGACAAGUUUGACAAGUUUUACAGAAAACAAACAGAAGUUAAAGUUAACAGUAGAAUCAAUGAGAAAUGAGAAAUCUGACAAUCCACCUCCCUUCCUGCUGCAGCAGCACGAACGAUAUAUCCAGAUUUUUUCAAACAAUAUAUUCACAAAGCUCUGAGGAGUCAUCCACAGAGGAAACAUAAUCUUGCUCAAGUUGACUGCUAUCCACAAAGACAGGGUUUAAAUCUCUCUCCUUUCUCAGGUAAGUAACCUCAGUGUCAAUUCUGCUAGUGAUGGGAAUACGGGCUUGUUUAGCUCUGCAAAAACAACCUUUUUCUGCUGGAGAACACGGCUUAGCACAUACAUACAAAACAUCAAUAAUGAAAUAUAAGCUUAAAAAUGUGAAUAUAAUUAAAAAAUUACAAAUAAUAAGGAAUGGAAUUCAAAUAAAGACUGACAGGUCGACCUGUCAUUUAGUCAGAGAUAACAGAUAACACAGCACACCUACUUGGAGGAAUGGUCUGAUUAUUUUACAGUGCUUUAGGGACUGUAAAGCACUUUGUGUUACGUCAUUUUUUUACGAAAAGUGCUUCAUAAAUAAAGUUUGACUUGAUUUCAUUAGAUUGGUCAAUUGUACCGUCAUCUUAAAUUGCUUGUAAAAUCAAUGCUGGAUCACCAGGCUGGCUGACUGGCUGGCUUGUUUAUUGAACCCUUACAUAUCCCAAUGCAAACUGAAAAAGGCAGUUUGUAAGCAUUUAUUUUCUUAGAAACAUUUAUAUGUUUUAAUUUUAUAAAUUACUAAAUGAAUAAAUGAAACACUAAUGGAGACUUUUUAAAUUCUGCCUGUAGAAAAGACUCACUGAUUAGGGAGGGCCUUGAUGGCUCAUCUUUGGUACAGAAUCCGCUUUGAGUGUGUGUGACUGAGUAUGAUACACUGAUGUGGAACUGUAUAUUACAAACCCGAACUGCUCUGAUUAUACAUUUUUAUCUUUUUCAUUUAUUUAGAUUGAUGUCCUGCAGUUUGACAGAGAUCAGCUGUGCUUCUCUGGCCUCAUCUCUGAAGUCCAACCCCUACCUGAGAGAGCUGGACUUGAGUGACAACAAGCUCCAUGAUUCAGGAGUGGAGCAGCUGUGUGAUUUUCUGGAGAGUUCAGACUGUCGACUGGAGACUCUGAGGUCAGAAACCUUUUUAACUUCUGUGCAGAGCUGAAGACGAUGUAAAAGUUGUUCUGACACUAAAGUACAGACAGAAGGCUGAUAUUUACUCACCCAUGCUCAGGAUUAUAUGUACCAGUGCACUCUAAGAUAAGAGAGAGGAGGAAGACAAAAGGACUAAUGGAGAUGACCACAGAGAAAGAAACUGGAGACUAAAGACUCUAACCUGAAAGAGUAGUAUAUCCUGGGGUUCAGAGACCCUACAUGUCAGUUAUGAAGUACAUUUAGUUGACAGUGAGAGCCAAUUAAUAUGACCCUGAUGCACAUGGAUGACAGCACUGGAGCUGCAUGCAAAGAUCAAGCGCUAAAGUCUCUUAAUGUUGAGUAAAAUAGCAGCAUGUUGUCUUAACAGAAGGACUCUGUUUUGCAUUUUGGACUUUCCAUUUUCUAAACUUCUUCAUUCUCAACCUUUUAGCUCUAAACGGAUAAUUUAACAUAGAAUAAUUUGAAACAGGAACAAUUGAUCCAACAGAAACAUGAUUUGUCCUUUUUUCAGGAUAAAUCACUGCAAAUUGACAGAGAUCAGCUGUGCUUCUCUGGUCUCAGCUCUGAAGUCCAACCCCUCCUACCUGAGAGAGCUGGAUCUGAGUUACAACAAGCUGCAGGACUCAGGAGUGGAGCGACUGUGUGGUUUUCUGAAGAGUCCAGACUGUCGACUGGAGACUCUGAGGUCAGAAACCUGGGGUGUAAGGGAAUUUUUAAGAAUUUAAAGAAACUAAUGCUGUGGUUGAUUCUGCCUUUAGAUCCAGUUAUUCAUCCUGUCCUUUGGCCGUGUAUUUUCUUUGUGGAAAAGAAUCAAGCCUAGGUUUUCUGUGUCAACGGCACAGUUUUUAUUACAGGUGUUAUUACUUUCACCUCUGUAGUGAGACAGGGAAGCCUGGCCUCUGAUUGGACAUAAGCAGACUCGCUAAUCGUAGAUACAGCCUCUGGUUGGUCAACAGACCAAAACAAGAUGGCAGCUAUUGCUGAGAAAAGGCAGCUGAUCAUCAGAAAUUUGCUGGUUUUUGACACGAUUAGAUCAGGAUAGUCUUAGAAAACGCACUGAUCAUCAUCUUUGGGGGGAAGUGUCUCCUAGUUGUUGCAGAGACACACCGAGUUUGUCAGGAAGCUUCCACCAGCACAUGAUGACUACAGAGUUUACAGUAAGUUUCUGAGAUCCAACAAAUUAGACUGUCACCUAAACAUGCUAUUAAGUGUUAAACCGUACUUCAGUUGUGUCAAUAAAUCACUCAAGUGUUGGGGAAUGCUGUCAGCAGGAACAUCAUUUUAUUUAAGUUGCAACACAGUGUGUCAGAAAGAGGUCUGAUAGUUACUCAAACCAGAACGUUUUUUUUCUAUGUCAAAUUUUUCUGUUUCAAAAAGCCCCUGUGUUCUGCAGUGAUCCAGAGGGUUGAUUGAUGGAGACGAGGGGUUGCUUUUUAUUUGCAAAACUGGAAUAGCUGUCCUUGUCAGUAUGUUGUUCUCACAGGGGGGGUCAUGGCAGAAAAAGUUUGGGAGCCACUGUGCCAACACUAAACUAGUCAGAAGACUGGUUUACACUAAUCCACAAACCCUUCACUGUAUAACUCACUCAGAGCCAGUCUAACUUCUGGUUUCAUAUUUUAUUUCCAACAUGCUUUUUAAGAGAUGUGAUGCUAAUAGAAUGUGAGUAGAUAUAUCAUACACCUUAGAUAAAUAAUUAAUACAAAUGUGAUUAUUUUUGUCCAGCGUACUGAUCAAACUACCUGACGGUUUCCUCAGAAUAGUUUGAGUAGAAGAUACAGAGCUCAACUUUCUUUGAAAGAAAUGUCAUGGAUGUCUGUUUUUCAAUUCCUCCAAGUUUGAUCACGAUAACUUCACAGUUUUUUUCCUUUUGUCUGACAUAAAAUGAUUUUCUGCUGCUUUAAUUUAUUUGGAUCUGCACAAACAUUAAACAUUAUUUAUUCUUUACCCAGACUGUGGUCCUGCAAAUUCUCAGAGAUCAGCUGUGCUUCUCUGGCCUCAGCUCUGAAGUCCAACCCUUCCUACAUCAGAGAGCUGGAUCUGGGUAAAAAUGUGUUCAAGGAUUCAGGAGUGGAGCAGCUGUGUGGUUUCCUGCAGAGUCCACUCUGCCAACUGGAGACUUUGGGGUCAGAAACCUUUUUUUUACUGCUAAGUUGAGAUGAAUGUGAUUGAGAAAGUUUUCCUGGUAUCAAACUGAUCCACACGAAGGACCUUCAUGUUUGAGUCUAGUGUCAAAAUAACAAAGUAAAGACUGCAUAGCCUUAAAACAGAAGGCAUUGAUUGACAAAAAAUUGCUUAAUUUAUUUCACAUCUUGUCAGAAACUUAAAGCAGAGGUUUAAGCAGAGGUUACUCAGAGCUCUGAUAAGAUCCAGAAACACUGUAUCAUGUCAAACAGGAACAUUGUAUUCUAAAAAAAUUCAUUUGUCAUUUAUUCAGAUUAGGUUAUGCAGAGUUGACAGGGGGCAGCUGUGCUUCUCUGGCCUCAGCUCUGAAGUCCAACCCAUCCCAUCUGAGAGAGCUGAACCUGAGUGAAAACAAGCUCUAUGAUUCAGGAGUGGAGCAGCUGUGUGGUUUUCUGGAGAGUCCAGACUGUCGACUGGAGACUCUGAGGUCAGGUUUUUUAACCCCAUUCAUUCCGUACAGAUAUAAUGUCAAAACAGAGAACAUUUUCUUUUUCCUCUGAUCACCUCUGACAUGGGAGAGCCUGCUUAGAAAGCCAAAUACUGUCACAUGUGUUUAAAAAUAUGGAAAAAAAAAAUGCACUGAGAUGGUUUAACCCGCACCCUGCUGUGUUCAGGUGUACAGAGUUUCUUCUUCUUCUAAACUUCCUCAUUCUUCACUCUCUUUAGCUCUAAACAGAUUAUUCAACAUUGAAUCCUUUCAAACAGGAACAUUGCACCUUAAAGUUGUAUCAUUAUUUUGUGUUCAGAUUGUUAAACUGCAGGUUGACAGAGAUCAGCUGUGCUUCUCUGGCCUCAGCUCUGAAGUCCAACCCGUCCCACCUGAGAGAGCUGAACCUGCGCUACAACAAGCUGCAGGACUCAGGAGUGGAGAAGCUGUCAGAUCUUGUGAAGAGUACAGGCUGUCGACUAGAGACUGUGAGGUCGGUCCAGUAUUAGAGUCAGUGUGUUUGUAGUGUAAUGAUCCUGUACUCUGGUUGCCACAUCCAAUCCGAUCCAACCCGCUUUAUUUAUAUAGCACAUUUAAAAAAAAACAUUUAAGUCUACCAAAGUGCUGCACAAUAAAAUUAAAAGAACAGAAAAUGCUGAAAACAUUAAGAUGAAAUAAAUAAAAGCAGGUAAAAACAUUUAAAAUGAAAUAAAAUGGGAUGUUUUAAUCUCGAGUGGCAAUUCGUUCCACAAUUUGGGAGCCACUGACGAGAAAGCUUGUUCACCACAGGUUUUUAAACAAGGUUUUGGUAGCAGGAGUUGGAGCUGAAAAGCAGACCUCAAGGAACAUGUGGGCAUAUAAACAUUUAAGAGGUCAGUAAUGUACUGUGGUACUGAUCCAUUUAAAGACUGUCUAGGAGUUAAGUUUGACCCUGAUUUUAAAUUUGAGAAGCAGAUCAACAGAGUGGUACAAAAAAGUUUUUACCAGCUACGUCAAAUAGCGAAGGUGAAGCCCAUUUUAUCAAGAUCCGACCUGGAAAAAUUAAUCCAUGCUUUUAUCACUACCCGUUUUGAUUCCUGCAACUCUUUGUAUGUAGGGAUUAGCUAGGCUUCCCUUGCCCACCUGCAGCUUGUGCAGAACUCUGCUGCAUGUCUCCUGACACAGACCCGCAGGUGUGAGCGCAUCACCCCCAUCCUGGCGUCCUUACACCGGCUCCCUGUACAGUACAGAAUUAAUUUUAAGCUUUUUAUUUUGUUUGUUUUCAUCUUAGCACUUGCCGUGAACCUGCUUAUUUAUAUAUUUAUUUAUUUAUUGCAUUUAUGUAUUUUUGCUCGCUCUAUCUUGUUCGUUUGUUUUUAUGUCGCCAUGUUACAGCACUUUGGCUACCCCAGUAGUUCUUUUAAAUGUGCUAUAGAAAUAAAGUUGAUUGAUUGAUUGAUAAAGAAACCAAAGCACAAAGGAGAGAAAUCUAUCAAGAUCAAAUGACCAUCAAAUGAAAGUCAAACGACCAUUUUAUGAGGCAGUGUCUUGGAAGAAGCUUCAGUCCGAGCAGGUGAUGUGGUCACUCUUCAGUUUGAACAUCAUUAGAGAUAGAUGAUGACAUAUGUGUUUAUUGUGUUUAUGAGUUAAGUUUAUGAAGAAAUGUGGAGCUCCACUCUUGUCCUCCCUCAAAAACAACAGAGGAAAAAACAAAACAGAGGAAACCAUCCGUCAUCCUCCUUUGUAGAAUCGCGAAAGUGAUCAAUCAGAAUUGUAAAGGUUCAUUUAUGCUCUCCUGCUGUACACAAAUAUCACUGUACAUUUGAAACUGUCAUCAUCACAGUCCUUUACAUAAAAAAAGUCAUGUCAUAUAUCUGCUAAAUGGCUCUGCUCUGACUAAACAGUUACCCCAGAGAAGAGAAGGAAGAGUCCAAAGUUUGGGUCUGUUGUAAAAGUCCUUUUUGGUUGAAGGGAAUUAACCUAGAAGUCUUUGAGUGUCGGCUAUGAUAAGAGCUUUUUGAAUUCUCCACAAUGAUAAGAAAAGGAACUUCACUGCUUCCUGGUCAAUGUCUGUUACCAAAAACAUCAUCAUGUUCACUAACACUGAAAGGGUCUGUAACUGCUUUUGUCUGUCCUCCUCUCUCAUCAGGUCGGAUUUAGAAUCUGUGUCAGAGGGUGAGAUCUGAAAGGUGGAUGUGUGAUGAGGAGGUAGAGCGGAGAGGAGAGCUUUACCCAGCAGAGACUGACUGAGGGAUCACACCAAGUGGAGCUGACUGUCAGGACUGCUCUGAGAUCAGCUUCAACAUCCUGCCUGUGUGCUCCUCUGUAUGUGACAGAGUCUCUUCACAGAAUCUGGACUGCUCUGCUCUUCUACACAGUCUCUGCAGACACACUGACACUCCUCCACUGCUGCUGCUCCACACUCAACCACCUCCUCCACCCCUCAACUGGACCACGACUGAGGAUUUGAGCCCCUGUCCUUUUUCCCUCUAAAGCUAAAGUGGCCUUUUCUUUUUCAAAGAUAAUUUUACGUUUUACUUCAAGGUACAAAGACAUUUCAAAUGAAUAUUGAUGUUUUUAAAUCAGUGUGUUAUCUUUCUGAGUGUCCUUGUUACCUAUAACUGAUGAGACAUGAUAAUCUUGAAGCAGUAGCCUCACAGUGGUAGUUUUGACUGUCACAUUAACUGUAUACAGGUGUAAAGAACUAUCAAAUUCUCACCUGCAGACAGAAAACCACAGCGAACAAAGACAGACAAUUUUCAGACAUUAUUCAGUUCAAGCACUUUUUGUAAGAUUCUUGCUGUGGUAAGAAAGAAGCAGCAGGUGCAAAUGAUUAAAGCCUUACGAACAGGUAGAUGGAAGGGAGUAAAACACAGCAAAAAAAUGAAGGAGUAAAAUAUUUUAAGUGAUCUUUUUGAGUCAAAGAAGGUUUUUUCAGUUCUUGUCAGUAAUUGGGUCAAAAUUAUGAAGGGAUGUAAAUAAUUAAAAUCUGUCUCCUAAACCAAUCAAAGAAGUGUUCAAUGCAUACUAGGCUUAUUCAGUACACUUCAAAACAAGAGCUUUAUUCAUCCCCAAAGGGAAUUUCAUCAUAUUUUUGCUUAAAUUAUAGCAAUAAUUGACAGUGCUCAAAGCUCCUGUACAAUCACAUGUGUUAUGAUGUUAAGAGACUGAUUUGUUUCCCUGGGACAGUUUGUUCACUUUACAGCAUUAGCAUCUUUUGGACUGAGGCUGUUUCAGCCGUUCUACCUUCUAUGAGAAGUGUGUAUCUGUGCUCCUCACCUGUCAGAAGGAAGAGGGUUUUUACCUGUAUCAGCAGUGAUGAACACUAAAGAUAAAAUUUAGCUGACAAAUUCUGCUGAAUCUAAACUCCAGAAACCGCUCAUAUAGAGUAUCGGUGUGUUUGAUUAAGUUUCAUUUGUCAUAGUUCAAACCAGCCUGAGUCAUGAUUAUGAUUCAAAUCCAUUUUUCAGCGUCUCUUUCAGUCUUCCUGAUGGGGUGAUGUCCUGGCGUCCUUACACUGGCUCCCUGUUCAGUACAGAAUUCAUUUUAAGCUUUUAAUAUUUGUUUUCAAGGGCCUGAACAACCUUGCUUCACCCUAUAUCUCUGAGAUGCUCCAGCCUUAUUGCCCACCCCAACCCCUAAGAUCAGCUGAUCAGCUGUUACUGAUGGUCCCCAGUACAAGGCUGAAGCUCAGAGGGGACAGAGCAUUUGCCGCUGCUGCCCCUAAGCUCUGGAAUGAGUUGCCCCUGAAAAUUAGACAGGCCUCUUCAUUUCCCGUUUUUAUAUCCCUUUUAAAAAAACACUUUACUCCUUGGCUUUUAGUACAUUGUAGUGUUCUUUUGUUUUUUAUCAUCUUAGCACUUGCCGUGAGCCUCCUUAUUUAUACACUUAUUUAUUCUUUUGCAGUAAUGUAUUUCUGCUCGCUUUAUCUUGUUCUUUGAUUGUUUUAUUUGUUUUUAUGUGUCAUUGUUCAUCACUUUGGCUACCCUUGUGGUUCUUUUAAAUGUGCUUUAGAAAUAAAGUUGAUUGAUUGAUUGA